AGGAAAUUUAAGAAGGAUCAGAGGUACUAUAAAGACUAUGUAGCCUUUAUGAACGACAUCCUUUCACGUGACGAGGCAGAAAAGGUCCCUGAGGAAGAACUUGACCACAGUUCAGUUUGGUAUAUUCCACACCACGGAGUUUAUCAUCCACAGAAGCCAGGAAAAAUACGUGUAGUAUUUGACUGUUCUGCCAAGUAUCAAGACACAUCCCUCAACGACCAUCUUCUCACCGGUCCUGACUUGACAAAUUCAUUAGUGGGUGUCCUGUGCCGCUUCCGAAAGAGUCCUGUUGCAGUCAUGUGCGACAUAGAGCGGAUGUUCCACCAAUUUCAUGUGAAACGGGAAGAUCAAGAUUACUUGAGAUUCCUAUGGUGGGAAAAUGGCAACUUGGAAACCACACCAUCAGUGUACAGAAUGAAAGUUCAUUUGUUUGGAGCAGCCUCAUCCCCAGGAUGUGCCAACUUCGGCCUAAAACAUCUGGCAGAAAAAAGCCAAGGACAGUUCAGAAAAAACACCAUAGACUUUAUUCUGAAGAAUUUCUAUGUUGACGACGGGAUUGUGAGUCUUCAAACUGAGAAGGAAGCUAUCCAACUUGUCAAGGAAGCAAGAGACCUUUGCAACACUGGCAAGUUACGGCUCCAUAAGUUUGUGUCCAAUAGUGAGAAUGUGAUUGCAACUAUUCCAGAAGAAGAACGCUCCAUGGUCAAAGAUCCAGACAUGGCUUUGAGUUUGCCAUAUAUGGAGAGAGCUCUUGGAGUAGAAUGGUGCAUCACAUCAGACUCAUUCAAGUUCAGAGGUCAAGUGAAACCCAAUCCUCUUACACGAAGGGGUGUGCUGUCCACUGUAGCCUCUAUGUAUGAUCCUAUGGGGUUCAUGGCACCCUUCAUACUUUUGGGUAAACAAAUACUCCAACAAAUGUGCAAAGGGAAAGUUGGCUGGGAUGACGAACUUCCAGAAAACUUACGACCUCGGUGGGAGUCCUGGCUUAGAGACCUACCCAGUCUUGCUGAAAUGCAGAUUGAACGAUGCUUUCUACCAUCAGGGUUUGGCAAAGUCAAAAGGCAAGAGCUUCACACCUUUUCCGAUGCAAGUGUUUCUGGAUAUGGUGCAUGUACUUACCUACGCACCAUUAAUCAGUCUGAUGAAGUCCAUUGCUGUCUUGUAAUGGCAAAAUCAAGAGUUUCCCCGACUAACGUCAUAACUAUACCGAGGCUUGAACUCUCUGCAGCAGUUAUUGCAGUCCGAGUCAGUGAUAUGCUUCAAAGGGAGUUAGAAAUCGAAGACCUGCAAGAGUACUUUUGGACAGAUUCUACAGUUGUGCUUGGUUACCUGAAUAAUGACGCCAGAAGGUUUCAGGUGUUCGUGGCAAACCGCAUACAAAGAAUCAAAUCAAGUACAAAAACUGAACAAUGGGCUCAUGUUUCCUCUGACAAUAACCCAGCAGAUCAUGCCUCUCGGGGUUUGACUGCAGAGCAGCUUAAAACAUCAAGCUGGUUUACAGGACCAAAGUUUCUUUGGCAAAGAGAUCUACCCGACAGAGAGCUCAAGGUGGGAGAAAUCAAGGCAGAUGAUCCUGAACUCCGCAAGUCUUUUGUGUGUAACACUGAUGCAAGGGAGGUCAGAUCAAUAUUGGAUCGCCUACAGAAAUUCUCUGAUUGGUCAAGGGUAGUAAGAGCAGUUGCCAGAUUGAAACGGGCAAUUAAAGAGUUCAAAGGACUGAAGCAAAGAACUAAUAAAAGCACAAGCUUAGAAGAACGGAAAGAAGCUGAAUUUGCUAUAGUUAGAUUAGUUCAAGAAGAACCGUUUUCUCAUGAGAUUAAGAGGUUGAAGCUAAAGGACAAGGAUGCUGAGACCAAAGACAGCAAGUUGUGCAAGUUAAGUCCAUUCUUGGAUGAAGAAGGUAUCCUACGAGUGGGAGGACGCUUAAGUCAAGCCAUGUUGCACCCACAUGUGAAGCAUCCAGCAAUACUUCCGAAGAACAGCCACAUUUCGGAUUUACUCAUCAAGCACUGUCACGAAAAAACACAGCAUCAAGGGCGAGGAAUGACGGUUAAUGAAAUCCGAGCAAACGGAUGGUGGAUCAUGGGAUGUAGCAGUGCUGUUUCUUCACACAUCUUUAAAUGUGUUAAGUGCAGAAAGUUCAGGAGAUGUGCUGAAGAACAAAGGAUGGGCGACUUACCACAGGAUAGAACGGAAACAGUUCCACCCUUUACUUACACUGGCAUAGACUGUUUUGGUCCCAUCUAUGUGAAGGAAGGAAGAAAAGAGCUCAAGAAAUAUGGUCUAGUACUAACCUGCCUCUGUUCUAGAGCCAUACAUAUAGAAGUGGUUGACGAUUUGACGACUGAUGCAUUUAUCAAUGCUUUAAGAGCAUUCAUUGCCUUAAGAGGACAUGUUCGUCAACUAAGAUGUGACCAAGGAACCAAUUUUGUUGGUGCGAAAAGAGAGUUUGCAGAACUCAUGAAAGGGAUGGAUCAAGAAAAGGUGCAGGCUUUAGGAUGUGAGUUUCUUAUGAAUCCCCCUGCAGCAAGUCACAGAGGUGGUGCCUGGGAAAGGCAAAUAAGAACUAUCAGAAGUGUUCUUACUGCUAUUCUGGACCAGUCAGCACAAAGGCUUGAUGGCACCUCUUUGAGGACAUUUCUGUAUGAGGUCAUGGCCAUCAUUAACAGUAGACCACUUACGGUUGAGAAUUUGAACGACCCAACCGGACCUGAACCUUUGACUCCAAACCACAUACUUACAAUGAAGUCUACCAUUAUUCUACCCCCACCUGGACACUUUGUCAGAGAAGAUCUUUAUCUCCAAAGAAGGUGGCGCAAAGUCCAGUAUUUGGCUAAUGAAUUUUGGAUUAGAUGGAGAAAGGAGUAUCUUUUGAAUCUACAGAUUAGACAGAAAUGGCACAAGACUAGAAGAAACAUGAAAGUCAAUGACAUUGUUCUUCUACAAGAUGCGCAAGCACCACGCAACGAAUGGAAGCUGGCCAGAAUCACAGAAGUCUACCCAGGGUUAGAUGGUAGGGUGAGAAAGUUAAGAUUGCAAGUUAGUGACACUACAUUCGACAAAAAAGGGAAGCAAACAACUAAAAUAACAUUCCUUGAAAGACCUAUUCAGAAGGUUGUUACUCUGCUCGAAGCAGAUUAAGGUGUUUAAUGCGUUCAGCCUAAUUGAGUAAUUGUUAACUGGUGAACAGCUUUGUGUAAAGAAAUCCCACAUCAAGGUUUGUGAUUUGGUGGGAGUGUAACUGUUGUAAAUAAUUGCUUAUGAUGUAUAUAAUUUUUUGUGAAUAAGAGUGUAACUUUUAUUUUAUAUAUUUGGUUUCGUAAUACAAGCCAACAGUCUCGCGAGAGUAUCUCGCAUAGGUUUCGUUUUCAUGCUGGCUUCAGGCUGGACUCCUCGUGUGCUGCUAAAAAGGUUUUACUGAUAGAUGUGUUAAUGACUGAAGUGAGAAAGCCCUGUUGAGGAUAAUUCCCUUGUACGAUGCAUGCAGCCAACGAGUUUUCACGGUGGAUUAGGAGAGAAGCUUCAAAUAAACCUGUGAGGAGAAAGCCACUUGUGUCUGCCUGUGCAUUGAGGGAG